UCAGGGCUUCAGGUGUGGUGGUGUUCAACUGGAGGUCAUCAUGUUUCAGAUUGUGCUUCUCUGCUCGCUGCUCUGCUCCACUCACACCUUCUCCAUCACCAGGAACUCAUUUGACAAGAAUGAAGAAUCCUCAGGCUCCACUAUGGAGGAGGAUGACCUGAGUAUCUCCACUCUGCUGGAAAAGGCCAAUAAGAAUCUGGGGAAGGACUUGGCUGACCCCCUGGUGGUGGAGGGAGACAUUGCAGUGCCGUACGGGCUGCAGAAUGCUGACCCGUGUACAGCGCGGGGCUGCCUAUGGCCCAAAGCUACUGAUGGCAAUGUCUACGUACCCUACCGCAUCUCCAACCAGUACUCUCAGAGAGAGACGAACACCAUCAUAGAUGGCCUGCGCUCCUUCGCUCAGUCCACCUGUGUGCGCUUCACUCCUCUCGACAGGCAGAGGGACUUUGUGGACAUCCAGUCUCAAGGAGGGUGCUUCUCGUUUGUGGGGCGGCGCGGGGGGGCACAGGUGGUCUCUUUGGCGCGGCAGGGCUGUGUUUUCCAGUCCACCAUCCAACAUGAGCUGCUCCACGCUCUGGGCUUCGACCACGAGCAGAGCCGCUCCGACAGGGACACACAUAUCAGGAUCCUGCUGGAGAAUGUCAUCCGCGGUAUGGAAUUUAACUUCAGAAAGAUCCAGACCAGAAACCUGGGCACUCCUUACGACUACAACUCAGUCAUGCACUAUGGAAGGUUUGCCUUCUCCAGUAACCGCCAGCCCACCAUGGUGCCCAUCCCCAACGCCAACGUCGCCAUAGGGAGGGCCACCCAGAUGAGCCCCAAUGACAUCCUACGGAUCAACCGCCUCUACAACUGUAGAAGAGAAUUGGAGCAAACAUUGAAGAAAUGAACUGAAGCACACCCUGUGCAUUGGAUCCAACACUCUCUAUUUGAUUGUUUGAAAUAUGUCUGUAUCUAAUUGUACUUUAUUGUGCAUGUAUUUCAUGCAACAAAUGUAAACAAAAUUUUUUUUUAAAUCCGGUGUCUUUAUCACUAAUGAUAGAACGCCUCCCUCAUUCAGACCUGUUAUCAACGCUCUUUUGAGAAAACUGUAUAGGAAGAUUAAACAAGCAUUAAAUGUACUGAAUACAUGUGUUUGGUAAUCUGCUCG